AUGGCACCCAUCGGAUUAAAGGCGGUGGUCGGGGAAAAGAUUAUGAACGAUGUCAUCAAGAAGGUGAAGAAGAAGGGAGAAUGGAAGGCCCUGGUGGUGGACCAGCUCAGUAUGCGGAUGCUAUCGUCCUGCUGUAAGAUGACAGACAUUAUGACAGAGGGCGUUACCAUUGUUGAAGACAUAAACAAACGGAGAGAGCCUCUCCCAACCCUGGAGGCCAUCUACCUGAUCACACCCACAGAGAAGUCUGUCCAUACUCUUAUUAAUGACUUCAAAGAUCCUCAGUCAGUCAAAUACAAAGGAGCUCAUGUGUUCUUCACUGAUUCCUGCCCUGACCCCUUAUUUAAUGAGCUGGUGAAGAGUCGGGCUUCCAAAAGCAUCAAGACUUUGAAUGAGAUCAACAUCGCCUUCCUGCCGUACGAGUCCCAGGUGUACUCUUUGGACAACCCUGACGCCUUCCAGAGUUUCUACAGUCCUCACAAAACCCAGCUGAAGAACCCAGUGAUGGAAAGGUUGGCAGAGCAACUGGCCACUUUGUGUGCCACGCUGAAAGAGUAUCCAGCAGUGAGAUAUCGAGGGGAGUACAAAGACAAUGCCACACUUGCCCAGCUAGUGCAGGACAAACUGGAUGCAUACAAAGCUGAUGACCCCACAAUGGGAGAGGGUCCAGAUAAGGCCCGUUCUCAGCUCAUCAUUCUGGACCGGGGUUUUGAUCCAGUUUCCCCAGUUCUGCACGAGUUGACCUUCCAGGCUAUGGGUUAUGACCUGCUUCCCAUUGAGAAUGAUGUCUACAAGUAUGAGACUAGUGGAAUGGGAGAUUCACGUGAGAAGGAAGUUCUUCUGCAUGAGGAUGAUGACCUGUGGGUGUCGCUACGGCACAAACACAUUGCAGAGGUGUCUCAAGAGGUGACACGUUCCCUGAAGGAGUUCUCUGCCAGCAAACGGAUGAAUACUGGAGAGAAGACCACUAUGAGGGACCUCUCUCAGAUGCUGAAGAAGAUGCCGCAGUAUCAGAAAGAGCUCAGUAAGUACUCCACUCACCUGCAGCUGGCUGAGGACUGCAUGAAGCAUUACCAGGGCACUGUGGACAAGCUCUGCCGUGUAGAACAGGAUCUUGCCAUGGGCACAGACGCAGAGGGUGAGAAGAUCAAAGACCCCAUGAGGGCUAUCGUACCUAUUCUGCUGGACGCCAAUGUCAGCACCUACGACAAGAUCCGCAUCAUCCUUCUCUACAUCUUCCUCAAGAACGGCAUCACGGAGGAGAACCUGAACAAGUUGAUCCAGCAUGCACAGAUUCCACCAGAGGACAGUGAGAUCAUCACCAACAUGGCUCACCUGGGUGUCCCCAUCAUCACAGAUUCAACCCUGCGCCGGGGGAAGAAGAUGGAUCGUAAGGAGCGAGUGAGUGAGCAGACCUAUCAGCUGUCUCGUUGGACUCCACUGGUCAAGGACAUAAUGGAGGAUGCUAUCGAUGAUAAGCUAGACACCAAGCACUACCCCUACAUCUCUACUCGCUCCUCUUCUUCCUUCAGCACCUCUGCAGUCAGUGCCCGGUAUGGCCACUGGCACAAGAAUAAAACCCCCGGGGAAUACCGCACGGGCCCUCGAGUCAUGGUCUUCAUUAUCGGUGGAGCGUCCUUCAGCGAGAUGCGCUGUGCCUAUGAAGUCACACAGGCCAACGGCAAAUGGGAGGCCAUCAUUGGUUCCACCCACAUGCUCACCCCAACCAAAUUUCUAUCGGACCUGCGGCACCCCGACUUCCGAGAGUCCACUAGGGUGUCCUUUGAGGACCCUGAUCCCUCAGACGAUUGA